UUACGGGAACAGCUAUGCAGCCAAUGAAGUUACUGUAUCAGAGAGAACUGGAAAUGAUGCCUCAAAGUACCUGCUUCGAAGUACCUCGUCGUACAAACAGGAACAGAACCGAGGCGACUGAGCACAAACUGAUGGAGGAACAGGUUGUCUGGUAUAAUAUCCCCAAGGAAGACGUGAUCUCCACAGCUGUUGUGAGAGAGGAAGCAGCUCUGAAGAAAGCCCAAGUCCCACUUUCACGUCUCGUUGUCCCCAUCCUCCUCGCAGUUGGCUGGAUCGUGGGUUGUGCACUAAUGGUUUACAUUGUCUUCUCUUGAUAGAAGACAGAAGAAUUUACAGUUAUGUUGAGUCGAAGAACCUGGAAGUUAAAUUGAAAUUUCUAAUGAAUACAAUAUGUAUAAAAUGAGUUAUUUUUAAUAUCAACACUGCAAACAUGGUGUAUGCUUUUUAUCCACAACAAAGGUUUGAAAUGCUGAUGAGAGCAUUAGGAAGAAUCAUCAAACCAAUUUCCCAGUUUUUGAGUGGUUUGUAAUUGAGUGAGUAGUUCCUGGGGUCCAGUAGGUCAGAUACCUGCCGGUUCUGCAGCCUGCUUUCUUGUCACCAGCUUGAAUUUAAGCGGUUUUGGAAACAACAUUCCCAGAGUUAGUGAUGCAGUGGUGGACAAAAAUGUGAGUUAAGUUUGGUUGUGGGAUGUGGGGAGCUGGGGAAGAAGUAUCUCAAUAUAUUUGGGAAAGUUUUGAGUUAAGACUUUUAAAAAAGUUUUUUAGUAAAAAAUAAAUUGUUAAAUGUAAAACAUUGUGGUGGUACACUCUCCCUGCCCCAAGAUCUGAAGUGUUAGAGUCUAAAUAAAUUAUCUGAACCUACAUUAAGUUCCUCCUUUCAAAAAAGAAAACAUACAGGCAUACUAAUACAUAAAUCAAAAAAGUUCUUUAGUAAAGGAAAGGUAG